AUGCAAAAAACUACUGUGGCUUUGCUUGCCCAAGGCUCCAUCGCUCUCACAUCCCCGGUCCCGUCGUGGAAGGUUGUAUCAUCUUCCAAGAUACAUGGAAAUGCCACCGAGCUCUCUAUCUCUGGUAUUGACACCUCUUCAUGGUAUACUAUCGGCUCCAAGGGCACUUUAAUGGCCACGUUGAUCGAGAAUAAUGUUUAUAACGAGAACGACCUAUUUUACUCCACCAACCUGCAAGAUGUCAAUACAGCGCAGUUCCGAGUACCAUGGUACUACCGCUCCGAAGGCAUCUUGAGCAAAGAAGAUACAGCAAACCACUACUACACGCUCAAGACUAAUGGUAUCUCGUCAAGAGCAGAUAUCUGGCUUAAUGGAAAACUUGUAGCCGACAAGAACACGCAAGCUGGUGCUUAUACGGGGCUGGAGUACGAUAUUACCGAAAAGAUACAACCCAAUGGGAAAGACAAUGUCCUCUUGAUCAAAGUCUAUCCAACCGACUACAACCGAGACUUUGCACUUGGCUUCGUUGACUGGAACCCGUACCCACCGGACAAUGGCACUGGUAUCUGGCGCGAUGUGGAACUGAAAAGAACGGGACAAGUGAGCAUCAGCAGUCCAAGAGUGACUACACGCGCGGCGCUUGACGGAAACAUUGAUAUCUUCUUAGAUGUCAAGAACAUGAAUAAGAAGACAGGUGCCAACGGCACAAUUCACUGCGCUGUAAUUGACCCCGACGGCGUCGCAGCUUCAACCGCAACUGUCAAGUUUGAGCUCAGAAGCGGCCAAAAAGAGACGGCUUCUCUUCCGGUUGAAAUCAAUAAUCCUAAAAUUUGGUGGCCACGACAAUGGGGAGAUCAGCCAUUGUAUAGCGUACAGUGUAAUGCUUCCACUUCCAACACACUUUCCGAUAUCACACCUUCCGUCCGCUUCGGCAUCCGCACUGUAACAUCAACCCUGAACACCGUGUACAACGACACCACCUUCCAUGUCAAUGGAGAGCGAUUCCAAGUCCUCGGCGCAGGCUACACAUCCGACAUGUUCCUGCGCUUCAACGAAGAUAAGUUACGCGCCCAAUUCGAAUACGUCCUGGCCAUGGGCCUAAACACUGUCCGCCUAGAAGGCAAGCAAGAGCACCCAUUUCUCUACUCGCUCGCCUCAGAAAUGGGCAUCAUGCUCCUCGCAGGUUGGGAAUGCUGCGACAAAUGGGAAGGCUGGUCUUACAACGACGAAGGUGGCGGCGCAAAAUGGUCGGACGCAGACUACACCAUUGCAAAACACUCCAUGAACCACGAAGCAGAAAUGAUGCAACCUCACCCCAGCAUGCUCGGCUUCCUCGUCGGCAGCGACUUCUGGCCUGACGACCGAGCAACAGAAAUCUACCUCUCCGCCCUCAAAAGCAAGAACUGGGAUACCCCCAUCAUCGCUUCCGCCAGCAAACGCGGCUCACCCGACGCCCUCGGAAGCGGGGGCAUGAGAAUGGAAGGCCCUUACGACUGGGUCCCACCAAACUACUGGUAUGACCCCUACGGCCGUCUAGGCAGCGCAGCGGGUUUCGGCUCUGAACUUGGUGCUGGCGUCGGCACCCCUGAACUGGGUUCUCUAACCCGUUUCUUAUCCAAAGACGAUAUAAGUGACUUGUGGCAAGCACCGGAUAAGGGGUUAUACCACAUGUCCACGAACACGUCUUCGUUUUACACUCGCUCCAUUUACAACGAUGCCCUUUGGGCGCGCUAUGGUAAACCAACUAGUCUGAAGGAUUAUGUGCUUAAGGCACAGAUGAUGGAUUAUGAAGCUACCAGAUCGCAGUUCGAAGCUUACCUUUCCCGAUGGAUAGCCGAGCGACCGGCUACGGGGCUUGUGUAUUGGAUGCUGAAUAACGCGUGGCCGGCGCUGCAUUGGAAUCUUUUUGACUACUACCUGCACCCCCAAGGCGCGUUCUUCGGCGUGCAGACUGCAUUGAAAGAUCUUCAGACCCUUGUGUACGACUACCAGGCCAAAGAUGUAGUCUUCAUCGAUCGGCGCAGUGCUGCACAUAGGAAGGGAAAGAGUACCGUGCAUGUCAACGCUCAGGUACUUAGUCUCACCGGCGCUGUGGUGUGGGAGAAGAAAGUCGACGUUGACACGAAAGGCAUGGAAGUGAGGAGGAUGUUUGAAGUAGGGGGUUUGGGCAAGAGGAACGAAACAGUGUUACUACGUCUUCUUCUCACGACACCCACCGGUUCUUCAUCUACCAGCAACACUACCACCACCCCCUUCUCCCACAAAACCUACUGGAUCGCACCCACCCCCGACAAAAUGGACUGGGAUAACUCAUCCUGGUACUCCACGCCUGUAACAUCCUUCUCAGACCUCACAGAUCUGUCACGUGUCUCACCCGCAGACGUGCAUGUAACAUUUGACGGCAAGAAAGUGUCGUUGCUGAACAAGAGCAGUGUGCCAGCGGUUUUUCUACGAUUGAAUCUCGUGGAUAAGGAGGGUGAGGAUGCGGUACCGGUUGUUUGGAGCGAGAAUUAUAUUACACUUUGGCCGGGGGAGAGUAUGGAUGUUGGUGUGCGGUGGGGAGGAGGCGGUACAAAGGAGGGGGUGAGAGUGGUGCUUGACGGGGGGAAUGUGGAGGAGAAGAGUGUUGGGGUGUCUUCUGGGGAGAUGUAA